UGAUGGCGACUACGCCGAUUUAUCUCGGAAGUUGGAAGUGCUGCGGCAGUCUUGUUGUUUGCCGCCAUACCUUAUUAAAAUGCCAUUCGGGAACUGUCUCGUUUGUUUGUUCAGUGGUCGAAGUAAGACGUGGGCACUGGGCAGAAAGUCAGGUGCGUUCACGACGAUAGCACGUGUGUGGAUUGCGAUCUCUAAAGUAACCGAGCGCUGAUCUUGGGUGCAAGUAAAUUGCAAGAAUGGAGGCUCCUUAUCACCAAGACUUGCUUGCUGCUGAAGCCAGUGAUGAGGAAAAUGAUUGGGAUUUUGAUAUUUCCAUAGGGACCUCGGCUGUCACAGGCAUGGUUGAUAAUACAUCGAAUAUUGUGCCCCUACAUUCUCUGCUGGUUUCGUCAGUACCUGCAAUUAUGAACUCCGAUGCAAUGGUUACUGAUCAAUUAGAGGUGCGCUCUGUGAGCGUCUCAGCGGAGGACUCCGUGGGAGCUUUCUGUUGCCAGUUAUGCUCCUACACUUGUGAUAAUAAGGCCAUACUACGCAACCAUACUGAGAAACACUCCUACACCGAGACACUGAGCUGUGUUUAUUGCAGCUACAAAACUAUCAACGAGGUACAUUUUGCCCGCCAUAUCUCAGAUCAUGAGAUAGAGAAGCAGGCGAUUGAAAAUGCGGUUGGAGAACCAGAGCCUGAGGAUGACUGGCAGGUGUAUUACACUGGUCCUGAAGAGGACAGUUGCCAACCAUCUACUGACUUUGUAUUUGUUAAAGAAGAACCUCACGAAGAGGCAAUGACGGUGGAACCUAUCAAGCGUAAAUCAGUACCAGAUUUUAGUACAAAUUCAUCUGCUCCAAAGAAAAGCAAGAUGUCACAUCUGCCAGAAGAGUUUGAGCCAAAAGUAGAUAUCGAGCACUCAGUGCUUGCUACUACUAGGAUGUAUUACAAAAAAUGGCGCUGUUCUGCUUGUGAUUUUAACACGAAAGACAUAGAAGAAAUGGAUGAGCACUUGCUGAUUCAUAAUGGAUUUGAAGGAUUUUCAGAGCAUUCCAUUGAAACAGCUGAGGGGAAUAAUAGGACCUCUGAAGUCAAUGACCGCCAGGUCCCUCAUCCUGAGAGGGAAACUAGGGGUGAUGACAAAGGUCCUUGCCAGCCGUCAAAUAAUGCAAAGGCCAUUGCGAAUCCUAUUGAAAAUAUCGUCAUAAAAUCUGAGAAGAACAGUGAAAAUAGUUCUGCAUUAGAAACUUAUACGAGUCGUGAUAAUACAUCUGAAAACAUUACAAGUUGCGACUCUCGCCAAAACGGACCUAUAAAAUCUAAACAAAUAAUAGGAAUGACAAUGAAAUGCCCGUUUUGUCCCACUGUUUCUCCAGGUCUUAUUGCGCACGAGAACCACAUUAAACUUUACCACAUUAACGAAACAGAAGAGGCACCACAGAAUGACAACAGUCCCCGCGUAAGUUCCCGCCCGUCGACGUCUCGUUUCAAACGCGCUCCAAACCAACAACAUGACAGUGCAACCUCUAAAUCUGCUUUCAAUGAUUCUUUCACUGAUUUAUCUGAUGAGGAAUUUGAUGAACCCCCUGCUAAAAAAGUCAACAACAAUGCACCUUUUACCAAGAAAAUUUCUACUGUUGGGAGGCAUGCAAGCAUUCCAAAAGGGCUAUCACAAGAGGAACGACCUGUUAAAGUUAUAUCUCGAGUUAAUGGCAAGUUUGUCCGUCCUAAACUAACGGCAGAAGAAAUGGCCAAAAUCACUAUAGUAUGUCCAAUCUGCCCCUAUAAAACUUUCAUCAUUGAAAGAUUCACUGCACACAUGAGGAAACUACACAAAAAUGCUGUGGUGUACCCGUGUAAUUACUGUGCAUUUUGCUCGCUUGACAAGAAUGAGUGCUCAAGGCACCGGUCAAAUUGUGGCAACCAUACAAGAAUUCCCUUAUGUUGCCCGCUAUGUUUUUGCAGAACUAAUUAUUACAGAUCUUUUCUUAGACAUGCUAAGUGUUGCUUGACUGUCAUGGAAGAAGAUGGCUUUCAUCUUGAAGGAGAUCAUGCGUGUGUAUUCUGCAAGUACUCAACGCAUGACUUGGAGUGCUUCAAGAAGCAUUUGUUGAACCACGUUAGAUCUGAAAAAUUGACUUGUCCGAAAUGUCAGUUUGAGACCUGCCGUAAAGACAUGUAUCGACUGCACCUGACGAUGGAGCAUAACAUCGUGGCCGCACGUAAGAUGUCUUGUGCUCAUUGCACUUACACCACCACCAAACAGAACCUGCUUGAGAAGCAUAUAAAAUAUAAUCAUACAACCGUACGAAAGCUCAAAAAAGCUCCUGCUAUCAAUACAUACCUUGAUGAAAACGAAGAUGCUUCUGGCUCUGACACUGAUCAUGAAUAUACGGAAGAAGCUUAUGAAACUGAUGAGGUUGCGGGGUCCAGUGGAGUUGAUGAAGAUUUAAAAGAUGAGGUUGACUUCCGACGUGUCACCCAAGACUGCACGAGUGAUGAUUUCGAUCAAGAUCAAGACAAAUGCACUCCCAAGAAGAAACAGAGUUCAAAACCUUCAGGUGCUAAAAGCUCAUUUGCAAAGAGCAAUACCAAGUCAGCCAAAACUGCUUCUCCCAAACGGAAAAAUUCAAUUACUGCCGAGUUCAUAUGUCUUUUUUGCUCCAAAAAAUGUGAUACUCGCAUUGGUCUUGAACGCCACGCCAAGAUCCAUGCCUGCGAAGGCGUCUUCACGUGCCCGAUGUGUAAUUUUUCCUCAGCACAUUUUACACUUCUGAAGAGUCACUUUAAAAGCUGUCAUCCGGAGGUGGUUUUCUAGACCACGGUUUGUACGGGGUCUACAACAAUAACUCAGUGCUAAAAGAUUUGCUGAUCACAGCGUUUCACUUCUGACGUAUUUGAAUAGUUUUGAUUAAGUUUUUAUUUUCAUUAAGACAAAUUUAGUGGACAGAAGCUGCAUUUGUGGAAAGAAAUGUUCAAGCUAUCUAUUCAAUUAAAUAUGGGGAAGUAACUCAGUGUUGUAGAGAACCAUGCGCUCAGAAAUGUUUCUGUUGCCCGACCCUCUUAGAGCAAACAAUAUGGAACAAAUGAUGCAUUCCAAAUUAAGUGAAUUCUGACGUCAGUGUCCGAACUAUAUACGAGCUGCUGUCAGUAGUAAAUUGAAUUAAUUUUAAUUCGUAGAUUUUGGUUGGGUGUCAUUUUUAUCUCAAGCAACAGACUAUUAAUGUGUUGCUAGUCUAUUUCAGUAUUCCAUGUAAGCUUUGAUACUGUGAAGUGACAUUUUCAAUCAGUGAUCAUUUAGUCUCAAGUUAAGAGCAAUCAGGAAUUUAUGCAUGUCAACUUGUAAACGGAUAUUUUUUUUCAAUUAAGUAACUAAUUUUCCCGUGAUGUUGUAAUGUAUAUAACUGUCUUGCAUUCAGCUCCCCGUGAUAACCCCAAGAUAAAGAAUCGAAUCAAUCUUGAAUUCGAUAAUCAUUUUGUCUUGGCAUUUUACAAAUGCUGUCUAUGCGCAUCUUUUCCUGUAAACUAAUUUUUCUAUAUUUAAUAUAUAUAUGCUCCUUUAGAACUAUUUUGCAGACUUCAUUUGUAUCGAAAAAUUCCCUUGAUGAUGUCAUGUGCAGCAUUAACAUAAUUUGGCUUAUCUUAGGUUAGAAAUUAUUUGACUUUAUUUAGAAUUCAAGUUUUGGGCUUAAUUGUUGGUUCACACAAGUCAAUUGGUAAAUCAGUUGACGAUUGUAACUGUGAAUAAUUCAGCAAUUCAUUUUAUUCAAC